CGUCGCGGCCCUGUGACUGAUUCUGCAGAAGAGGUUCUCCAGCCUGCUUCUCCAGGCAAGUAUUCCUUCUUCGUAGAACAAGCACUUCCUGAUCGUUUCUCCGUUUCCAGUCAGCCCCCAACCGCUAGCGCUUCAAAUUUCACACUCCCAUCUGUAAUGAGUGUUGGGACAAUGCGACAGUCAAUUCUUCACGAAAGUCACUCUGCUUUCGAUCUACAUCCACGCUCUAUACCAGUAUCUCGUACAAGCCUUCAACAUUUAUGCUAUUCAGCCGACAAGUUAUCAUCCCCGGGACGCACGUCACACCGCAGUAUGGAAGCCCUGGAUCCACCUAGCCCAGUCGUGUCAACCGCUGAUUCGCGUCAAUCCCCAACUGCGAGUUCCCGCCUUCAAAGUCGUCCUGGCCCUGGGUCUAGUGUUGGUGAAACGGGCUUCCAAACUGCCAGUCUUGGCAAGUAUUCACUGUUUAACAGCGUUUCUCGACCUGACGCACUCUCCAUUCCCAGGAUUGUCGCUACACCUCCUCAACUUUUGAUAUAUUAUCAAAAUGUUGGUGGCAUCAACUCUCGUGUGAUAGAUUACCAACUGGCGUGCAACGAUGCGUGCUACGACAUCUAUGCCUUCACAGAAACAUGGCUCAACGACAACACAAUCUCCACUCUACUUUUUGAUGAUUCAUUCACGGUCUACCGUCAAGAUCGAUCAUCGACUAACAGCAAUAAGCGCUCAGGUGGUGGUGUUUUGUUGGCUGUGAGGUCCUGUUACGAGUCUCGUAUAUUGAAUCCUCCCGAGGGAUCAACAGUUGAACAUCUAUCGCGUGAAUGAUAGCAGCCUUAUUGAGCAGCAUCUACGUUCGCUCGAAUGGAUUGUCUCCCAGAUGGGUGCCAGAGAUAACAUCGUAAUUCUUGGCGACUUCAACAUGCGUGAAAUCUCCUGGGUGCCAGACUCCCAUGGCUUCCUCUUCCCGGAUCCUGGUCACUCCUCGUUUAGGCCGGCCUCAAUCAAUUUGCUCGAUGGCUACUGUACAGCAGGUCUUGAACAGGCCAAUGAGAUUCA